GCGCUCAAUCCCUUCCGCCGGAUUCUCUGAGCUUUGAAUGUUACCAAGUCAUUAGCCUUCAAGCAUGUCUCACAUAACACGACACGUACCAUGUACUCUUGGAACUGAUUUGAUUGACAGGGGUGUCGUUUGAUACGUCGGCAGCCAAACAAUUGACUUUGCAUGCCGCUCAGAACAAUGGAGAACCUUUUCCGUGGGCGUGUCAAAUUAAGAAUUCGACCGACACUAUAAGACCUCAUGGAACCAUGCGUGCAUUGACUUGCUCUUGACGACGACGGUUUCCUCGAAAGACUCUUGCUUGGAACGGGCCUGGUGCUCGCGAUCUUCUCUUCUGCUUGCUUUCUGUAACUGGACGAUAUACACGCUCUGGAAGUGUGCUUAUACGCCCGUUUAUACACCUCACUAUGGUCGGGAUUGUGUUUCUUGUUUCUCUUUUCACCAUAUUCUAUGUUUGCCCUUCUGCUGGUCAUGCAUCAAUCUGGCAUCCUAGCAUGUGGGGCUUUAAUGUGACUGACAAAACCUUCGGCUACGAUAAUCGUCCAGUGUCACCUUUGGCUUAUUACACCUUCGAGCAGUGGUGGUUUCAUGGACACCUUGAUCACCCUCCAAACCCUGGGGACAUCUUCGAGCUACCUGCAGGCAAAGCAGCAACAACUGAAAUCGCAUGCAAUAAAGGCGCAACGUCAUAUUUCGCUUCUUCUGAAGGCGGGGACAUACGUUCUGGUGAUGACCCAUGCCCUAAUAGACCGUCAACCGAGUAUCACACGAAUGGCCCAGACGAUUUGAAAGGCUGUUCCUUGGCUAUCGCUUACAAGAGCGACGUGAAUCAGGUGCAACCGGAAGAUUUCACGGUGUUCAGUGUGAACCAGACCUGCGUAUAUCAUCGUUUCACCGACUUCCAAGUUCCUGAGCGGAUGCCUCCUUGCCCUGAAGGAGGCUGUAUCUGUGCUUGGUUUUGGAUUCACUCACAGGAUAGCGGAGGCGAGCAAAAUUACAUGAAUGGUUUCAAGUGCAAUAUCACCGGAUCCACUUCGAAUGUCGCACUUGCCACACCACAAUUAGCUCGUCGCUGCGGUGCCGACUCCGAGAACGGAAAGCCUGAGGCUUCUCCCGGCAACUGCACAUAUGGUGCCAAACAACCAUUUUAUUGGUUCCAGCAGGAGCGCAAUAACAUGUUUGAGGGAACAUAUUCACCUCCGUUCUACCUUGAUCUUUACAACUUCAAAGACGGGGCUCAGGAUGAUAUCUUCGAGGAUUCGUAUCCUGGCGGACUACCUCCACCUAGUCCGAACUCGACAGUAGUACCUACGCCUUUCCUUGGCGGAUCAGCCCUGCCCGGUCCGACAGGGACCACCACUCCGAGCCCUUCAUCGGUGGCAAGUAGCUCAACACCGACACCUUCUACUUCAGCUGCGCAAAACGUAUCGGGGUCCAUAAGUCUUUCCAGCUCAGCAGUAUCAGCAUCCGUAUCGCCUGUUACAUCUAGUGACAAGCCUGCAACAGUAUCCACUGCGACGGUGAUCAGCUUCGUGACUGUGACGAGUACCGCUACGGCGGCUUCAUCCCCACUUGCUGUGUCCAGCAAUUCGCGAGCAUCUGCGACACUUUAUAGCACUCAGUUUGUCACUGUGACAGCGACACCGGCUGGUGGGGUCGCUGCCACUAAUGCUCCCCUAUCUGUCGCCACUUUGGGUGUCUCCUCCGUCUCAGCGGUAUCUACCAUAUUUCUGAAUAACCCUGCAGCAGUGCCCACUUCCUCCGUGUUGAAUGGCUCGGAGACAAGUACAAGGCAGUUCGCUGCACUGGAACGUGUCGAUGGUGCUUUGUUAGCGACUUCAAGUGUCUCGGCUCUACCUACGGUCGCUGGGGGACCUCGCCUGCAGAUGUGUAAACGGUCGAGCUUCAGCGGCUCAGUGAAUAGGAGGGGGUCUUCCAGUUUGACCUCUUUCACUGUAACUGGCGUUAGAAAUCAUCGCCGCAUGCAGAAGCGUUCUAGCUUGUGGAAUAUUCUCUAAUCCGCCCGUCUGCUGUCUUCCAGUGUCUCGUUUUCAGAGCCGCCUGCUAGUGCAGAACUCGCACCAAUGUAUAUCUAGCAAUUUGUAGCUCAUAGUCCGCAUUGUAAUGUAUGUUAUUCAACAUAUAAAGGAAAUAAAUAUAACGUUGUCAUUAUUGUGC